AUGGCGACGGCACGUCAAACGAUUGCUCUCGCCGGCGUCGGCAAUCUUGGUCGCUACAUCUGUGAAGAGUUCGUUGCCUCACCAGACUUUGAUGUCGUCGUCCUUUCACGGGAUGCUGCGGGCAAACCAUGGAUGAAGAACCUCGACCUCACUGUUUCCCAGACCGACUAUACGGCUGCAUCCCUCACCAAAAUCCUCAACGACAGCAAAGCUUCGAUUCUCGUUUCCGUCAUCAAUCUCAUCGACCCCUCCUACGUCACCGUACAUGCUGAGCUACUCUCCGCCUGCCGUCAGUCUGUAGCAUGCAAGCACUUAAUUCCUUCAGAGUUUGCUGGCGACUGCGAGAAGUACCCAUUGAGACCAGGCUACUAUGUUAACACACGUGAGCCUUUUCGACAAAUGCUGAGGGAGCAAAGAGACGUGAAGUGGACUCUGGUCAACAUGGGCUAUAUCAUGGAUUAUCUCCUGCCACAAAGCAAGACACAUAUGUUGCCUCUUGUUCCAGAAUUUCCAAUCGACGCGGAGAAAUGGCAUGCGACUUUGAGAGGUACGGGAGAUGAAGUUCAGAGUAUGACAAGGGCAAGAGAUACCGGAAGGGCAGUUGUGGAGUUGUGCAAGGCAAAGGAAUGGGAGCCGUAUACAUUCAUCUCAGGCGAGUGGACCACUUUUAAUCAAGCUAUCAAGGAAUUGGAGUCGUAUUAUGGUACAGCGUUCUCCCUUGUCUCCACGUCUUAUCCAUUAAUGCAUGCUAUCACGCAGGUCCUGAGUAAAGCGGACGAAGGAUUCACUUUUGAGAUCGCUCUAGCGCAAGUGGAGGAAAUGAUAGUGGAGGAAAGCUUCACGUUUCCAAAGGAGAAGACGUUGGCACAGCGGGAGAAGUACCUUGGUGGGAUGAAGUUCAUGAGUUUCAGGGACUUGUUGAAAUAUGCAGAGACCGUGGAUAAGGUUUAA